UGUAACCAAAUAGAGGGCUGCGCUCAAGAUAAUAAAUAUUAGAAUAAAAGGAGCGCUUUUAUUUCCCCUAUGAGAACAUGUCGGUGGCGUUUUCAUCGGCUCGCCCCAGGAGUAAAGGGGAGGUGACACAGCAAACGAUUCAAAAGAUGCUGGAUGAAAAUCAUCACUUAAUACAAUGUAUAAUGGAUUACCAAAGCAAAGGCAAGACAGCUGAAUGCACACAGUAUCAGCAGAUCCUGCACAGAAAUCUUGUUUACCUGGCCACAAUAGCAGACUCGAAUCAGAACAUGCAGUCACUACUACCUGCUCCUCCCACUCCCAACAUAUCCAUGGUUCCUGGAGGGAUGGGACAGAGUGGGGGACACGCUCCAGGCAAUCUCAAUGACAACAUGACAUCAGGGCUGCCCCCCACAUCAAUGAUGCAGAGUCAAAUGAGCAAUGGCCCGAGCCAUGCCCCCAUGCAGCAGCAGACUGGUCAGGGGAAGUCGGCUAUUCCCUCAGCGUCCCUCAGCCUGCCGGCCAGCGGCUACGGUAGCUUGGCGUCCGGCUACAGCCACGCUGCCCCCUCCUCCCAGGGCAGCAUGAUCCAGGGCCCUGGGCCCGGCUAUGGGUCUUCCUCCUCUUCUUCCUCCACAUCCUCAUCCUCUUCUUCCUCCUCCCGCAGCAACCUCAACAUGCAGUCCAACCAAGUCUCUAUGAUGCACCAACAGUCUGCCACUGCACACUACUCUUCAGCCCAGGCUGGAGGGCAACACUAUCAGGGACAGCAGGCCAUGGGCAUGAUGGGUCAGGGCAGUCAAGGAAACAGUAUGAUGUCUCAGAGGCCCAUGGGAUCCUACCGCUCCUCACAGCAAGGAUCUGCACAGCAGUACAUGGGACAAGACGAGUUCUACGGAGAGCAGUAUGGACACACUCAGAGCUCCAGCGAGCCCAUAAACCAGCAGUAUUACCCUGAUGGUCACGGAGAGUACUCGUAUCAGCAGUCUUCAUAUGGUGAGCAAGGCUAUGACAGGUCCUUUGAUGAAUCCUCACAGCACUACUAUGAAGGAGGUAACUCUCAGUACAGUCAACAGCAGGCCCAGUAUCAGCAGGGCUCUGGCCAGCAGCAGCCCUUCAGCCAGCAGCAGUAUUCCUCUCAACAAGGCUAUAGCGGACAGCCACAGGGUUACGGUCCUGCUCAGGGUGGAUCCUCUCAGUAUUCUCAGUAUCAACAGGGUCAAAGCCAACAGUACGGCUCCUACCGCUCCUCCCAGGGAGGUCCUGGAGCACAGACACAGAGGCCCUAUGCAUAUGAACAGGGUCAGUAUGGGAAUUAUCAGCAAUAAGGCACUGCACUGUUUUCCUGUUAUAAGAAAAUGAAAAAGGAGCGGUUCAACGGUGAGGCGCUGGCUCGGGAAUGGAGCAGAAGAUCUGGCUUCACCAGAUUUAUUAUCCUCAUAUUAAUCAUCAGUCUAGCUACAGAUAGAAUAAGCAUUUUAGACAUACGUAACGUUAUCUGUUCUGGCUACAGGGGGUGAAGUCUUACAGGCCAUCCCACAAAAAGUCAAGGUGCUUAUGGUAUCAAGACAGUUACUAUAAAACCGUCCAUAUGGAUUAAGUAUUAAAGGAGCUGUGGAGUUAUUAGACAAGGCUAAGAAUGUUCCUUGUAUCCCUCUCUUUAUUUUCUGCCUUUGCUUCUCAUUUGUUUUCAUCUUGACUUUUAUUGUUUAUUACAAGUCUCUCUUUCAGUCUUCUUUUUACACACAAGUCCGUGGUUUUGACUUUGGCUAUAAAAAGCGAAUUAGCUUUGAAGGAAAUGUUCCUUGAUGUUUAUUUUAUAGACUAGGUCCAACUCAUCCUUUCAUUCCCUAGCUGAAAACACUGUCCUGUCGUACGACAAGGGAGGUUAAUUUUAUGAAGGUGAAACAUUGGUCCUUAAACCUGACUCGAUCAGGGGGUUUGUCCGUGUUAGUCAAACUGUGAUGUGUUUCUGUGUGGUCUAACAUUAUGUGUGUUCACUCUUUACAUAUGUCUUACUGAAUUAACAGCCACAAUAGGUAGCUGACUGAUCCAGACUUAAAAGUAUGUGUCAUUGUCCAUGAUAAUCAUACUUGGUGGUAGUAUUUUUGACUCUAUAUUUUCAGUGGCAUAUGUGCGCACAGACAUAUCGUGCAUUGUGCAGAGUUAUGAGUGGUCACACUACUCUGUUGCCAAUCAGAAAUGAUUUUACAAAAAAAAUAUCGCCACUUUGUUCGCACUUUAUUUUGCAGUAACAGUGUAUGUAUUAUCUGAUAUUUUGUAAUUGUAGUGCAAUUCAGGCUGUUUUUAAACAAAUGAUCCUCAAAAAGCCAAAGCAACACAAGAAACAGAGCAGUAACGGGUCCCACACCUCGACUUCAAUAAGUGCAAUACUCUCAGUCAGUCAUGUUGAGAUUGGUUGUCAUGGUGAACUCACCCUGUAUGUCGUUAUUUGUAGUUUCAAUGUUGGUUUGUCUAAUGUUCUUACAUGGUAUGUUGCAGG